CGAGCCUGCAGUACCAGGAGUCAUCUGUCAUCUCUCACCUUGGUAGCACCAUGGAAUGGUUGGAUGUGAUCUAUAGCCCACUGUGGAUAGCGUCCACGGCGCUGCUGGGUCUGGUGGUGCGCCUCCAGCGGAGAGGACGGUGGGACCCACUCUCAUGCCCCACGCAGCUUAAAGGGAAGACCGCAAUAGUGACCGGAGCCAAUUCAGGUAUCGGAAAGUUCAUCGCCAUGGACUUCGCUCGCCGUGGGGCCCGUGUCCUCCUGGCCUGUCGAAGUGUGUCCCGGGGGUCAGAGGCGGCUAAGGAAAUUCAUGCCAAAACGGGAAACUCUGACGUCCACGUGCGUCAGGUGGACCUUUCAUCUCUGGACUCUGUCAGGGAUUUUGCUGAAAAGAUUCAAAAGGAGGAGAAAGCCCUUCACAUCCUCGUCAACAACGCUGCGGUGUCAGGUCUACCUCGUCAGAUUACCAAAGAUGGAUUCGAUGCUUCGUUUGCAGCCAAUCAUUUGGGGCCGUUCCUCCUCACCAACCUGCUGAUUGACCUGAUGAAGAGUUCAGCUCCAGCACGUAUUGUCACCGUCAGCUCCGGCAACCAUAAAAAUGGUCAAGUGGACUUCUCUCAUUUUCAAGGGGAGAAUUUGACUUACUGUAUGGAUCGGGUUUACAACCACACCAAGCUGCACAACAUCAUCUGCACGAAUGAGUUCGCUCGCAGGCUCCAGGGAACAGGUCACCUAAAAUUUGGUGUCAGCGCCAACUCAGUCCACCCCGGUAUUGUCAUGACGGGAAUGAUGAGGCACUACGCUCUUUGGCUUCGUUGUAUCUUCACCCUCAUUGGACUGUUCUUUUUCAAGUCUGCAGAGGAAGGGGCAGUGAGCGCCAUCUACUGUGCAGUAUCAGAGGAAGCAGAAGGGAUAACCGGGAAGUAUUUUGACAGCGACUGCUCCCUGGUCCUCCCCGCCCCGUUAGCGCGAGACACAGCCCUCGCUGUCAAGGACUUUGAGAUCUGCGAGCGGCUGACUUCCAAGCUGUGAAAAACUCUGAUAACGGAAAGGGGGUCAAAUUCCAUGUGCUCCUUUUUCUUAAAGUACUUGUAUUUAUGCGGGUAAAAAAAAGUACACUGCCAUUUAUGUGAGCAGAGCAAACACCAUUGGAAAUAUCUUUAUUUUAUGUUCUCAUGUAUACUUUUUUUGCUUCCUUUUUAUUAAAAUGUCUGAUAUGAGA